AUGAGCGGCAUACAAAAGGCUCAGGGAUAUCCUAUCGCGUAUACUAAAAUGAGCGGCACACUUCGUUUGACACUUUUUACCCUCGCUCUUUUUGGACUCUUCGCUGCGUACCUGUACAAUAGUCCCUACGCACACUUUCCAGACGACAACAUGCCACCACCGGCGUCACCACAAACGACAGCUAUUGUCGUGGGAUCAGGGCUUGCGGGCCUGAGCGCAGCAAGCCAAUUGAUAACGAGAAACGUGCCUGUGAGAUUGCUAGAGCGUGGAAUUAAGCCGGGAGGAAACAGCAUCAAAGCCUCCUCCGGGAUCAAUGGAGCACCCACAAGAGUCCAAGCCAUCCUCGACGAUGCCUUCUUCUCGGAUACAAUCAAUUCAGCCGGGAAAGCAAUGCUCUCCUCCGCUCAGAAUCGCGAGAGCUUGAUCUCUACGCUCACCGACUCCUCGAAAGAUGCCGUUGAGUGGCUGGUGCAAGAGAAAGGCAUCGACCUGUCGAAGGUGUCCAUCAUGGGCGGCCAUACGUUUCCCAGAACGCACAGGGGAGCAGACCAGACACCGCCGGGCUUUGCAAUCAUAACAACACUGCUCAAAUCGCUCAAAGAAUCUCCUCUGUUCCGUUUGCAGACUUCCUGCACCGUUACCAAAGUCUUGCAAUGCGGACAUCGCGUCACCGGUGUAGAAUAUACUGGCGAAGACGGAAGUCCACAGGAGCUACUGGGACCUGUCAUAUUUGCAUCCGGUGGCUUCGGUGGCGAUGCAGAGGGCUUGCUCGCUCAGUACAGGCCUGAUCUCAAGGGCUACCCGUCCACGAACGACCCUCGCCCGGGAACGCAGCCUCUUCUCACCGCAAUCGGCGCGCAGCUUAUCGAUAUGGAGUAUGUACAGGUACAUCCGACUGGGUUUGUCGAUCCCGCCAGCCCAGCCUCCCCUCUGAAGUUCCUGGCUGCAGAGGUACUGAGAGGCGAUGGUGGCAUUCUUCUUUCCAACGGGAAGCGCUUCUUCAACGAACUCGAGAUUCGGGAAAAGGUAACCAAUGCGAUCACAGCCGAAUCACCAGUUGUAGAGUCACCAAAACAAUGGAGCGUUCAGUUGGUGCUGGAUGAAGGCGUUUACGAAGCAACCAAGUCGCAUGUCGACUUCUACAUCUUCAAAAGACUGAUGAAGAAAGUCACAAUCUCAGACCUCCCAUCAGAUGCCUUGGGGGAGAUCUCGCGGUAUUGCCAAAUAGUCCGCGGGGAAGAGGCAGACUCAUUUGGUCGGACACAAUUUGCGCAUUGGAGUCUCAAGGAGCCAACACCGGACUCUGUUGUUUAUGUUGGAUUCGUCACACCCGUUGUGCACUUCACGAUGGGCGGUGUGACCAUCAACGAUCAGGCGGAGGUGCUAAAAAAGGGAGAUGAGUGGAUAGAAGGGCUGUGGGCUGCUGGAGAAAAUGCUUCCCAUAUACGGCAGGAUUCCAACGUGCCAACAUCAUCGCUGCAGACGCCCUUUGCCAUUAGCUUCUCUCCCAUCCUCAAGUUCGCCCUUUUCAGCAUAAUCAGCAACCCGCCCAACAUCCUCUGGCAAACCUUUCUCGAAGACGUGUUCCCGUCCAAAGUACCUGUGGAGCCCUCGGAAAAGCAGCUCAAAGACAAGCCCGUGCAGACCCGCACCAGCAAGCGCAACCUACUCGCCAAAUUCAUCCUCGAUCAAACAAUAGGCGCUGUGGUCAACACGCUCAUGUUCCUCGUAUAUAUGGCCUACGUCAACGACCACAGUGCGCGAAGCACACCAUCUUGGUACACGGUGCAGGCGGAUGUGAGCAACAGAUUCUGGCCAAUGGUCAUGGAUGGAUACAAGUUCUGGCCUGCUGUAUCGCUGAUAAGCUUUCUGUGGGUGCCGGUAGAUAAGAGGGUGGUGUUUGGAUGCUCUGUGGGUGUGCUGUGGGGCAUCUACCUAAGCUUGUCUGUGGCGAGCUGA